ACACUCAACAGAACUCGCGCCCCUUAGUCUCGAGUGCCGCCAUACCAGAGGUCUCUGGGUCCUGCCAAAACCCCAGUACUAGACCUGCCGAGAUAAAAGACAAGCGCUGCUGUGACAUGUCGCAUUCAUCUACAACAAAGACAUUCAAGGCAGCAGAAAGCUCCACAGCAAAUGGAGGAGAUCAACAGAAACAGUGCUCUGACAGCCCAACAACCACUGCAGGACAGACAUCCAAACCUAUAGACAUUGCUAAGAAGGCUGCCGAAGGCAGGCAGAAACUACGACUCGGGUCUGCUUGUUAUACCGCGCCGAACGGCACCCGCUUCAUUCGUCACAACGAUCUACUCAAAUGGGCAGUCGGGGUCAAGGAUAAACACGAUGAUCUGGUGGUUUUCAUGCCUGUGUUUGUCGAAAAUCCGUGGAAGGGACUCAAACCUGUUCUGACCACAUGUGCUGCGCGGUACUGAUGACACCUGAUUCUUUGCAGCUUUUCACGGUGUAUGAGAAUAUCGCACCCUCGUGGCGGCAUAUUGCUUAUGGGUUUUACAGUCUAAGGAAGCCUGCCAUCCAGUAAUUACUAUCGCGUGACUUUCAGAUCCAGGUCGUAUAAAAAUUACAAGCACAGGUUAGCACGGAC